UUGUGAGUGAGAGAUCCAAAGGCUAAGGAUCAUCCUUGUCACAUACAACUAUUCAAUCCAAGAGCCCAUGUUAAAGGGCUUAGCAUUCAAAUGCAUGAUCAUGAGAAAAUUAAUUUGUUCUCUUUGCAUACAUUCCUCUCUCUCGGCCAAACACACCAUACACAAUACCCUUCACAAUUAUUUCUCAUCUCCAUCAUUUUCACACAUUGGAAACUUAAACUUAGCAUGAUGUUGCUGAUUCAGAGUGAUAUUCAUUAUCAUCGUGGAACAGAAAACAGAAUUGCAGAGAGGCCAGAGGUAAACUUCCUAGAGUGGUGUUGGUUUCUUUUAUUGCUCUUUUUUCAAGAAUGGAGACGUCCCAAAUCUUUGGAAGAAUACAGCCCUAUUUGUCUAGUUUCUAGUGUGUAUAAGAUCCUUUCUAAGAUAUUGGUGGGGGAGAUUGAAGCAAGUGGUGGAUAGAGUAAUUUCGUACAGCCAAACAACUUUCAUUCCUGGUAGGCAAAUUUUCGAUGGUGUGGUGGUACUAAAUGAAUUGAUUGACUACGCUACUGUUUAUCUUGAAAAUGACCUUCAAAAAAUGGUUUAUAGUGAAUCCUAGGAUAUGUGUUUUUGUUAAAUAUUUCUUUUGUAAUUUGAUGAACAUUUCGAUAAUGCUCAUGAUUUGAGAAUGUUGUUUUGAAGUUUUUAAAAAGUAGAAUACAAAAUAUGUAAAAGAAUUGCAAUAAAAGAACUUUAAAGUAAAUUGUAGUAA